CUUUUUGUCGGGGAUGGAUGCAGCUGCUUCUUUUGGAGAGCCGCUGUCCAAAGCUGCUAAGUUGGACCCUGUAUACGGAGAACCGGAGCUCCGGAAGGAUUUCAAGAACUUCAGGGAAGGGGGUUCUCCGGUGAAGGCUAAUGACAAGAGCGACAUGUGGAGUCUGGGUGCCCUCCUCUAUGAAGUUUUAACUGGCCGCUCUUUUCAAAGUUUGGUUGUGAAUGGUGAAUUCGACGAGACCAGCAGAAGGACAGCUGCACAUGAGUUGGCGCAUUCGGGUGUACGGUCUGCGUGGAAAGAUCUUGUCCUCCAGCUAUUAGAGUUAAAUAGAGAAAAACGCAUCUCUGCUGUGGAGAUCUCACACCGUCUUAGGAACUUCCUUUCUGUGGGACCAUACUGA